UAUUAUUUGAGGGUCACAAUGAUGUUCCGUUUACCAGUUUCACUUGCACGCACCUCUAUCAGCCGCCAGCUGGCGAUGCGAAGCUAUGCCAAGGAUGUCAAGUUUGGUCCUGAGGUGCGCGCCAUGAUGCUGCAGGGCGUUGACGUGUUAGCUGAUGCUGUGGCCGUCACUAUGGGACCCAAAGGACGCAAUGUCAUCAUUGAGCAGUCCUGGGGCUCGCCUAAAAUAACCAAGGAUGGUGUCACAGUGGCCAAAUCCAUUGAGCUUAAAGACAAAUUCCAAAACAUUGGCGCCAAGCUGGUGCAGGAUGUGGCCAACAACACUAAUGAGGAGGCUGGCGAUGGUACUACGACAGCCACUGUGCUGGCACGCGCAAUUGCCAAAGAGGGCUUCGAGAAGAUAUCAAAAGGUGCCAAUCCCGUAGAGAUUCGUCGCGGUGUCAUGCUAGCUGUGGAAACUGUCAAGGAUAAUCUAAAAGCCAUGUCGCGUCCAGUGAGCACGCCCGAGGAGAUUGCUCAGGUUGCCACCAUUUCGGCUAAUGGUGAUCAGGCCAUUGGCAAGCUUAUUAGCGAUGCGAUGAAGAAGGUUGGACGCGAUGGCGUUAUUACCGUGAAAGAUGGUAAGACACUCACCGAUGAGCUGGAGGUUAUUGAGGGCAUGAAGUUUGAUCGCGGCUACAUUUCGCCGUACUUCAUCAACUCUUCCAAGGGAGCCAAGGUGGAGUUCCAAGAUGCAUUGUUACUGCUCUCUGAGAAGAAAAUCUCCUCGGUGCAGAGCAUUAUUCCAGCUCUGGAGUUAGCCAAUUCGCAGCGCAAGCCGCUGGUCAUCAUUGCUGAAGACAUUGAUGGUGAGGCUUUGAGUACACUAGUUGUGAACCGUCUUAAGAUUGGUCUGCAAGUUGCUGCUGUCAAGGCGCCUGGUUUCGGUGACAACCGUAAAUCUACGCUCACCGACAUGGCCAUUGCCUCGGGCGGCAUUAUCUUUGGCGAUGAUGCUGAUCUGGUCAAGCUGGAGGAUGUCAAGAUUAGUGAUCUGGGCCAAGUGGGUGAGGUGGUCAUUACCAAGGAUGACACACUGCUGCUCAAGGGCAAAGGCAAGAAGGAUGACGUUCAACGUCGCGUUGAACAGAUCAAGGAUCAGAUUACAGAGACCACCUCCGAAUAUGAGAAGGAAAAGCUGCAGGAGCGUCUGGCACGCCUUGCUUCUGGCGUCGCGCUACUGCGCGUUGGAGGCUCCAGCGAGGUGGAGGUCAAUGAGAAGAAAGAUCGUGUGCAUGAUGCAUUGAAUGCCACACGCGCUGCCGUUGAAGAAGGUAUUGUUCCCGGUGGUGGUACCGCUCUGCUGCGUUGCAUUGAAAAAUUGGACAGUGUUGCCACGCAAAACGAAGAUCAGAACUUGGGCGUAGACAUUGUCCGUCGUGCGCUGCGUAUGCCCUGCAUGACCAUUGCUAAGAAUGCUGGCGUUGAUGGUGCUAUGGUUGUUGCUAAAGUGGAAACCCAGUCGGGUGACUAUGGCUAUGAUGCGCUCAAGGGCGAAUAUGGCAAUCUGAUUGAGAAGGGCAUCAUUGAUCCUACUAAGGUUGUGCGCACGGCCAUUACAGAUGCCUCUGGUGUUGCCUCGCUGCUGACCACCGCCGAGGCUGUUGUCACGGAGAUUCCUAAGGAGGAUGGUGCACCAGGCAUGGGUGGCAUGGGAGGCAUGGGCGGAAUGGGUGGUAUGGGCGGCAUGGGUGGCAUGAUGUAAGCCAGGAGAUGCAGCUUUCAAAAUAACUUUAGGUACAUAAUGCGCAGCGCCAGAUUACGAAUGACUAGCCAUAACGCGUGGUGUUGGCCCACCAACCUUCUCUUACCGCGGUGCAUCCAGCUGCGCUUCACACACACUCAAACACACAGACACACGGCAACAGACGUAUGCUAAAAACCUGUAUUUGUACGUCGCUUUGUUUCGCAUUUAAUCCUUUUGAAUCCUUUGGGCCGCUGGCUGU